CUUGUUAUAAUCUGGUUCAGAGCCUUCCAAACAAACAUAAAACUGAAUGAUCCAGUUGACAUAAUCAACGACAAUUUGGAAGUUUUAGUUGACUUGGAGGCUCACGGGUUUGAUGUGGAUUUAAUUAGAUGUCGUUUAAACGAGUUGCUUUCUUUGAAAUCCAAAGCAGGCCAGCAUGAGGACACUCUUAAAGAGCUUGAAAAGCGCAGUUAUGAAAAGCUUGUAAUUGAGAAAGAGAUGGACCAAUUAAAAGCGGAGAUGGAGAAGUUGCAAGAAAAGAUGAUGCAUGCAGAGAUUAUGCGGAAAGCGAAAGAGGAAGAGCUUGUAAGGUUGCAAUCAAACUUACAUCCUGAUUUCACCCAAAUCAAUGAUUGGGAGCUUGCUUUCGGAAAACUCGCAGCGACCCCAUUGCAUGGAGUAUAUGACCAUUUGUUGAUCAUUUUGACCCACACAAAGAUGAUGCAUGCUGAGACUUUGCAGAAAGCGAAAGAGGAAGAAAUUGUGAGGAUGCAAUCAAACUUACAUCCUGAUUUCACCCAAAUCAAUGAUUGGGAGCUUGCUUUCAGAAAACUCGUAGCGACCCCAUUUGGAGAAUGAGCCUGAACUCAAAGAAUGUCUGUGCAGGAUAGCACAAGUUUUCGUAUUGCACCAGCCAUCGUUGGUAUCUUACAACUUCCUAUUUUGGAUGGCUCGAUUUCAACCAACUGACACAUAUCACAGUUUACGCUUACUUUUAAGAAACUCUUGUAUCACACAUCGACUAAUUUUAUGUACAUCAGUUCAUUUCCUGAUCAAUAUAGAAUGCAC